UCGACGUUGCUGCAUGUGUUUCGCGUUCGGCCGAUCGGGAAACUUUAUUCGCUCACAUCGGGUUUGGAUUUUUGUUUCAGUGAUUUUAUGUUAUAAUUUGUAGGCAAUGUAAUUUUUAAAAUAAUAUUCUGUGAUCACCACGUUAUUUUCGUUGCAAUAAAUUCAAAUGGCUCUUUAUGAAAUUUCGUGAAAAUUGUGUGCGCUGUCUACUGGCCGCCGCUAGUCGUCACUUACUCGUACAAUGUAAUACCGAGUAGAAGAAUACACUUUAACAGAAGAAAUAAAAACGUAGUCAAGAUGGAGAUCGAGGAAGUGGAGAUGUACGGCCACAGCAACUACUCCUUCGACGAGAAUUCAACAUUGAACGGCACUUACGAAAACUGCCCCAAUAUAAACCUACCCGUGGUGUACGUGGUGACGCAGGUGUUGUACGCGCUCGUGUGCGUCGUCGGCCUGCUGGGUAACACCCUCGUCAUCUACGUCGUGCUGCGCUACUCCAAGAUGCAGACCGUCACCAACAUGUACAUCGUCAAUCUGGCCAUCGCCGACGAGUGCUUCCUCAUAGGAAUACCCUUUCUCAUAAUAACGAUGUCUGUGCGCUCGUGGCCGUUCGGGCGCUUUAUGUGCAAGGCGUACAUGAUAUCGACCGGCAUCAAUCAGUUCACGAGCAGCAUCUUCCUGUGCAUCAUGAGCGCGGACCGGUACAUCGCGGUGUGCCACCCCAUCGCCGCGCCGCGUCUGCGCACGCCCUUUGUGUCUCGUCUCGUCUCAGCCGCCGCGUGGACCGCCUCUGCCCUCGUCAUGACGCCCAUCUUCAUGUACACCACGCUGAUCCAGAGCGACAACGGCCUUUCUUGCAACAUCGUGUGGCCCGAGCGCGAGUUCGCCAAAGGACAGGCCUCCUUCACACUCUACUCCUUCGCGCUGGGCUUUGCCGCGCCCCUCACUCUUAUAUUCGUCUUCUACUGUCUCGUCAUCCGCAAGCUGAAAACCGUCGGCCCGAAAAAUAAGUCAAAGGAGAAAAAGCGCUCGCACAGAAAAGUUACGAAGCUGGUGUUGACAGUGAUAGCGGUAUACGUGCUGUGCUGGCUGCCCUACUGGGCGUUCCAGGUGGCGCUCAUCUAUUCCCCGCCCACCGAGUGCGCCAGCAGGAUCACUAUCACCGUUUUCCUGGUGGCGGCUUGCUUUAGCUACAGCAACUCCGCCAUGAAUCCCAUCCUGUACGCUUUCCUGUCGGACAACUUCAAAAAGAGCUUUCUGAAGGCGUGUUCCUGCGCGGCCGGAAAAGACGUGAACGCCACGUUACACGUGGAAAAUAGCGUAAUACCGAGAAAGAAGGGAGGCGGGACGGCUCGAGCGCAGGCGCGAGCCGCGGCUGAGACGCGCGGACUGACAGCCGGCGGCGGUGCGGGCGGCGCGGCGCGCGCGAUUUGCCCGGCCGGCUCGCGCUCCGAAGCCUCAACCGCGGUGACGUCGCGUUCGGCGGCCAGCGAAGCGAUGGCGCUGGAGGUGCGACCUGCGGCGUCUCCUGCGACCCUCACGCCCCUCAUAGCGCACAACGGCGUGUCGCACUCGCGGCUCUGAGUGCGGGCCUCUCGCCCUCGUCGCGAGCUCUCGAGUGCUGUGCUCGAGGAGGACACUCUCAUAGUGUCCAUCGAUUAAAACCGUAAAGACUGUACGACUGCGGCCUCGUGAGGUGGAUGAACUUUUCACACCUAGGUGUAAAGUUACAAGUGUUUCUGUUGAUAUAUAAAUGUUCGCAGACCCGAGUAGGAAUUGUGAGUGAUUGCAACUCGUGGACGAGUAUAACGAGCACAGUUUCGGCCUAGGGUUGUAAAGAUGAAUUUAUUAAUGUAGAUAGAUUUUUAUCACAUAGUUAAUAAGUUUACCCUUUGUAUACAAUUAUUAAAAGAUAUUGUUGUAAAAAUGUACAUAUCGUGUAAAUAAA